AUGUCAAAGGCUCAAAGCAAUUCAGCCGAAAUUCUAAUAACAAGUUUAGAAAAAAAAUUAGAAUUUAAACUCGUUGAGUAUUCAACCAGUAUUGCUAGAUGGUUGGAAGGUAUCAACGAUAGACACUAUAAAAACAGUGAAUUAGGAAAAUUAAUACGAUAUGAAGAAAUUAAGCCCAAAUUAGAUGGAAAUGAUAUCGAAGCCCGCGCUUCGAAGAAACUCACUAUGGCGAUGCUACCAAUCAUCUUCCACGUAGGAGCCAUGACCACGUGGAUGGUGGUGACCACAAUUUUGGCCGCGAAAUCUGUGGCCAUUGGACUGAUACUACUUGUAUUUAAAAUUGCUGUCAGCAGUGCAAAGAUUUCUUCAUUCUUUACGGCGUGGAAAGUAAAGAAUCAUCACGAAGAGAUGUCAUGGUAUCCCCAUCAUGACCACCACGAACACAACGAUCCCUACUAUUAUCCACAGAAACCAACCUGGAACGAUUAUAAGGCCAUACCGCUUGAACACGAGCUGGUGUACGGUGAAAGCAAGAAUGUGGAAAACAAACCUACAUUU